AGGAGUUAAUGGGCCCUCAGCGUUGUUGAAGAUCGGCCCACUUACUUAGCAGACUAACUUUAGGCUCCUGUUUUUUGAAAAUCAAGGCCUUGGCUUGUCAUACGAAGUAAUUGGGGAGGGAGGACUGGGACCAAAAUCUUUAGUUAGGAUGUUAUUUUGAAAGGUGACAUCUUACUUCAAGUAUGUAAAAAUAUCUGCAUGGGGGUGAGUUUAUGGACAGUUGGGGUUUGUUGGAUUGAAUGUUUUAAGGCAGCCAUGAAUAGGCAUGAUUCACUCCAUCGUUAAUAAGUUUUGAUAUAAGAAACCAAAUGAAUCCCCUUUUCCCACUACCCCCCUCAAGAUUUUUGAUGAUUGCAUUUUGUGUGGAUUUUCCUCAAUCGCCCUUAAGGUCCAGCUCUUUAUUUGUGCCCUCUUAUUAUUGAACUACUCAAUUUCUCAUUGAAGUUUUUGGCACCCAUCUCCUUGACUAUCCCUCAGAAGUUUGCCUUAGUUUACCUAAUCUAUCAGUAUCCCUCAGGUCCCGCAUCAUCUGAACUGUGUUUUUGUAUGGUUAUGUAGGUAAUGUACUCAUAAACAAGGGUAAAUUUGAAUCUUAAUUUUUAUUAAACCAACAUAACUUGCUCAAGGGACAGAAGGCUGAGUCAGUGUGAAGAGAAGCUUUCUCUGGUAGAGGACCACCACCUGCUAAUUGAUGUAAGAGAGGGAUUCCAGUAAUCCAUGUUCUCUGGUCUGUAACUGAACAUGUACAUGCUUAGACAAACAGAUACCUGGGUCUCAUUACCAGAAAUUCUGAGGAUGUCCGAUGUAAAUGCAUAUGUCCUCCUUACAAAGAUCAUCCUGGCAAUAUUUACAACAAAAAUGUUUCACAGAAAGACUGUGAUUGUCUUCAUGUGGUUGAGCCUAUGCCCGUCCCUGGACCUGAUGUGGAGGCAUACUGCUUACGUUGUGAAUGCAAAUACGAAGAGAGAAGCUCUGUCACAAUUAAAGUUACAAUCAUAAUCUAUUUAUCCAUCUUGGGCCUCCUGCUGCUGUACAUGGUGUACCUUACAUUGGUAGAACCUAUACUGAAGAGACGUCUCUUUGGACAUUCACAGCUAAUUCAAAGUGAUGAAGACAUUGGGGAUCACCAACCUUUUGCAAAUGCUCACGAUGUGCUGGCUCGUUCCCGGAGUCGUGCCAAUGUGUUGAACAAAGUGGAGUAUGCCCAGCAACGUUGGAAGCUACAGGUCCAAGAGCAGCGCAAAUCUGUCUUUGACCGUCAUGUUGUGCUCAGUUAAUUGAUGACUAAUUCAAUGAUGACCAGAAGAAAGUAAAAGGGACUAAAGGAAAGAGCUGACUUAUGUCUUCCUGAUUCUACCACUUUUGAAUGAUUUGUUACUGGCAGCAAAAAAAAGUGUUAACUUUGUAAGAAUGUUCUGGAGUGGAAACUAUCAAAAAUAAACAACAAAGUUAAUUAGCCAAAAGCUGAUAAUUCUUUACAUUUUUUUAAAUGGCAUUUACUAAUAGAACUAAAAAUAAACAACUUACUCUAAGGUAUCUUUGGAUGUAACUGUGGUACCUUAUUUAUUAUGACUAAGAUGUUUUUAAAUGUAACUUAUACGGUUUAAAAAGCACCAGAGAGCAUACUCUGUAACAAAAGAUCAGUUACAACACACUAAUCACUUUACUCAUUGAACUUUUGUAAAUAUACUCAGUUUUUCUCCUCACUGUUUAAUGCUGUGUACUGGAAAUCUAAAUCUUGCAGUGUAGUUUCUGACAUUGACAUUGGCCAGUUGUGUUCAUCAUUAUGUUUCUUGCACUGUUACUUUGAAGAUGUUUGAAUAGCAGCUGACCGUUGCAAGCUUAAGGCAAAACUUAAAUGGACAAUGACUGUUGAUGAUAAGCUGCACACUUAAGGUACUGUGAUGUAGAUAAACUAAUGCAGUGCAUAUUAAGGCAGCGCUUUACUGUUUUGCUUUGAUCACUUAGUAUAUUGUAUGUGCUACCUACAGAUCUCUUCCCUGUCUCUUCAUGGAUAAAGUCUCAGGAGUUAGUGUAUGAUAAAGUAUAUAUUUAAAAAAUAAACUCUGUAUUUGUCUGGGUUGAUGGUAUAAGGCGUAUACUCUCCAGCAUCUUCUGUUAUCUUGGGAGUUAGGUGUAUUUUUUAACUGUGAUGCUGUACUCAUCCCUCUGAGGUAUACAGCCACUGGAUAACUAACUUUCAUAUAUCCUCUUUGGAAUGGAACAAUUAAAGAUGAUCAUGAUUUUUGAAAAACC